UCUUCGUCUUUGAUCGCCGGAGAUGGAUCUCCAGGGGAAAUGCUGGCGGCGGAUUGACUCCCGGAGCGGCGGCGCUGGAUUCCGUGAGAUUGAUGAGGCGCAGCACCAGAGAAUCAAGAGAAAGGUAUGCCUGCUCGUGGAUUCACUCAAGCAAUGCAGCCGUGAGAGGGAUUUAGAGCGCGGCAGAGCAAUCCACGCCGCUGCUCGUAACAGCGGGCUGGAAUCCAAUAUUUUCCUGGCGAGCUCUUUGCUCUACAUGUACUCGAAGUGUGGGAGCAUGGUGGACGCUCACAGGGCUUUCGACGACAUGGUAGCUCACGACGUGGUGACUUGGACGUCGCUGAUCCUUGGGUAUGCCGAGAAUGGGAAUGGAAACUCGGCCUUGGAGAUUUUCUCGCGAAUGCUGCUCGAGAGAUGCCCGCCAAAUCCUCGGACAUUCGUGGCGGGAUUGAAGGCCUGUAGCAGCUUGGCGGAGCAAGAACAGGGACUUGAGAUGGUAGUCGACAUGGAAAAGAAGAAAACGGUGGAACAGCAAAGACAGGAGGUGGAGAAAAAAAAGAUGGUGAAAGCUAAAGCUCUGGAGAAAGGCAUGGCUCUCCACUCAAGAGCUAUGGCGGAGAAGAGUGAUCUAAACAUCUUCGUCUCCAACACACUGGUAGACAUGUACGCAAACUGUGGGAGCAUGGAGGAUGCUAGAGCUGCGUUUGAGAGGAUGCCUUGCCGGAGCGUGGUUUCCUGGAGUGCCUUGGUUCUGGGAUACGUAAACAACGGGGAGCCAAGCGUUGCUUUGGAGGUGUUUUGCCGGAUGCAGAAAGAAGGCUUUGCUCCAAACUCGCAAACUUUUGUUGCUGCUCUCAAGGCUUGCACCUGCCUGACGCUGGGCGAAGAUUGGACUCAAGUUGGCGACGAGUUUUUAAAGAUAGAAUCGUUGGAGAAAGGCAUGGCGGUUCAUUCUCAAGCUUUGAAGUCGGACCUUCCUUCAUCGAACAACUUUGUCAUGAACACGCUCGUGGAUAUGUACGCAAGCUCGGGAAGCUUGUGGGACGCGCACAGGGUCUUCCAGGCGAUGCCUUGUCACACCGUCGUCUCAUGGAAUGCCAUGAUUCUUGGCUACGCCGAGAAUGGGAACGGUCACUUGGCUCUACAGCUCUUCACAGGUAUGAUAUUUGAUAGAAGUUGUGCUCCAAAUGUAUUGACUUGUGCCGCUGCUCUCAAGGCGGCCUGUGCUAGUGGCUCAACUCUGGAGGCGGGGAAGUUCGUUCAUGCGCAGAUCUGCAAGCUCGGCUUCGAGAGCGAAACAAUUUUACAGGCUUCUCUGAUGGACGCCUAUGGCAAAUCCGGGAGCAUGUUUGCCGCACAGUUGGUCUUUGAAUCGUCUCUAGCUACUAGAGACGUCAUCAGGUGGAAUGCUCUCAUGGGAGGCUACAGCCGCCAGGGAGACAGCCACCUAGUCUUUGAGCUCUUUGCUGCGUCGCAAGACGAAGGCCUUCGACCCGACAAUGCAACACUUCUGUGCAUUCUUUCUACGUGCGCUCACUCGGGUCUGGUGGACAAAGGAAACAAAUAUUUCCAAGCAAUGAGCUCGCAGUUUGGUUUAAGCCCCGGCUACGAGCAUUACGUCUGCAUGGUUGAUCUCCUCGGACGAUCGAACCAGCUAGAGCAGGCACUGGCACUGUUAAGAAGUAUGCCCAUGGAGCCGGAUGUAGCAGCAUGGAGAACUUUGCUUGCAGCCUGUGAGAAGUGGAAGAACGAGAAAGUUGGGAAGAUAGCCUUCGAGUCUGCUGUAAGACUGGGUGACAACAACGCUGCUGCCUACACGAUGAUGGCGAACAUCUACGAGAGCGAGGAUAGAAGAACCGAGGAGAAUUCUUAAGACGGGCCUCAAGACCAUUUUCAUGAUCCGAGCUUCGGAAAUUUAUCCCGUCAAUGCA